AAAAAAAGGAAUUCACUAGAGAUAAUAAAUAAGAUUAAUAGUGAGAAAUGUCAGGAAGAGGAAAAGGCGGUAAAGGGUUAGGAAAAGGAGGAGCGAAGCGUCAUAGGAAGAUUUUAAGAGAUAAUAUUCAAGGUAUUACGAAGCCAGCUAUUCGACGUUUAGCGCGUCGUGGAGGAGUUAAACGUAUUUCGGCCUUGAUAUAUGAAGAGACACGAGGAGUCUUGAAAGUGUUCUUAGAGAGUGUUAUUAGAGACGCAGUUACAUAUACGGAACACGCGAAACGCAAGACAGUUACGAGUUUGGAUGUGGUAUAUGCGCUUAAGCGACAAGGAAGAACGAUUUACGGGUUCGGUGGUUAAAGAUUGAUAGAUUUAAAGAAAGUUUGCAAUAAAUAUGUAUUUUUAU